CUCAACUUCGAGCAGUCUCCCAAAACAAUGACUUCAAACAUCUCAGCACAGCCAAGUCUCUUUGGCGACCCAUCCAUCGACCAUGCACUAGCAGGCCUCGGCGCAGGCACUGUUGCAACCCUCGUCAUGCACCCUCUCGACCUCGUCAAAGUUCGCUUUCAACUAGCGGACAGCAAACCCCAUCCCAACUCCCAUCUCCCUCUUCACAAGACAAAACCCAGGCUAGGUACUGGCGUUUAUAUGGCAUUGAAGGAUGCGGUCAUGAUUGAUGGCUGGAAGGGAUUAUACAGAGGUUUGGUGCCCAAUUUGGUCGGAGGGGCUAGUAGUUGGGGAUUGUACUUUCUCUUUUAUAACAUGAUAAAAAAGCAGAUGCAGGGAGGAGAUCCAAGCUAUAGAACAUCAAGUGGCCAACAUCUCUUAGCAGCCGCAGAAGCUAGCGCUAUCACAGCAAUGCUCACCAACCCUAUUUGGGUCGUCAAAACCCGCGUUUUUGGGACUGCCAAAAACGACGCGGUCGCUUACCGCGGUUUAUGGGACGGCCUCCGUUCUAUAUCCCGCACGGAAGGUAUUCGUGGUCUAUACAAAGGCUCAUUGUUGGCCCUCAUCGGUGUGUCGAAUGGGUCCAUCCAGUUUGCCACGUAUGAGGAGAUCAAAAGGCGGCGGACAGAGGUGAAGAGACGUAAAUAUCUGCGAGAAGGGAAAGAAUGGAGGGUGGAAGACGAAAAACUAUCAAAUAUAGAAUACAUUUUAGCAUCAGGAUCUUCAAAACUUGUAGCAAUAGCAUUGACAUACCCUUAUCAAGUCAUCCGAGCUAGAAUACAAAAUUUCACUCCUACACCAGCCAUCCCCAAAUUAACGAUCCCUUCAGUCGUCUCGUCAGUGUGGCGCAAUGAAGGCGCACUCGCAAUGUAUAAAGGGUUGGGUACGAAUGCUCUCAGGAUCUUACCGGGGACGUGUACGACUUUCGUGGUUUAUGAGAAUUUGGUAUGGGCGUUCAGGACGCUGGCUAUGAAAGGGAAGGGGAAGGAUGAGGGACCUUUGGCGUAAUCUUAAAGAAGGAGUAAGGAAGUAAGGAGACAUUAGAGAGUAGAGAAGUAGAAGUAGAAGCAGGUUGGUUUCACAUCUGUAUUGCAUAUAUCAAAUUCACAGUUCUUAUUACCCACAUACUCCCAUAUACAUCUGGCAUAUUAUCCUAUAUCAACGAAAUUCGGUCAAUAGUCAACAGGCUGGGCGGCAAAGCAGGGAGGCGGUUUCGAUUGCAUUAUCAACCCUCCAGGCAGGAGAACGAAAGCCUUGAUGGGGAGGCAGACGUGCGCACGUUUUC